CACUGGACUGUUUCGGAUUGUUAUAUUCUUCAGCCAAUGCGCGUAAAAGUGUCAGUAAAACUACAAAAUAUUAAAACAUGUUAAUUAUGUUAUUCCCUUUAUUAAUUUCCUUGCUCCAAUAUUGUAGUAUCAAGUUAUUGAUUAAAAUAUUCAAGUGUAAAAACUAUUGAACAUCAAAAAGAAAGAUUUGAAUUUUCGCGAACAGCUGCCAUCCUAGAAUGCGUGAUGUACGAUUAAUAAAAACUUUUGCAUGUAUUACGCGUUAUAUUACUUACGUAUUAAGACAUAUUUUGCACCUCAAGUUUCAUGAACUUCAAUGAACUGCCAGUGACAAUUUGUAACUCUUGAAUAAGAGCAAGUAAAAGCGGAAAAAUAAAGCAACUGGAUACCUCAGUGUCGCCCGUUCUGCGCCUUAUUUUCAUACGGCCCUGAUACAUUCCCCCCACUUCGAUCGAGGCGGCCAAGCUCAGCGAGCAUCGCGUUCGCCAUUUCCGAACAAGUUGUGGAUCCAGAAUUUAAUGAAAAUAAUCGCGUUUCCGGGCUUGUUCAAGUGCGUUCGAGGCGUAUAAGCAAGGACUGAAUGCUUGUUAUUGAUCACGUUUGUUUUAAUGGCCAAAAAUCCGCUUCUGAAGGUAAAAUAGAGAUACCAGAUGGCAGGUAUUUCUCCAACCGAUCGCGAGACGGAGGCUAGCGAGGUCCUCUAUACAUUGUUGUCUGUCGAACGCAUUAAAGAUGCUGGUAAAAGUAUCGAGGAAACUUCAAAGACAGAAGAUAAUGCCUCUCCUAGUAUAAUCCAGAAGAAACAACAUCGGAUCGUUAAGAAAUCUUCCAACACCUUGAAAAAAAAUAAUACCAAAUCUCAAAAGGAACCCGGUAAAACGAUUGAGGACCCACCUUUUGCAUUAAAAAAUGAAGAAGCAGAUGAGAUAAUAAUGAAUUUAAAUGCUGAUGAUGCACUUGUUAUCAACAGCUCAGAACAAGAGCACGAGUUGACAUGUGACGAAGCAGAAAAGCAUAGAAAAACAAUCCCAAAGAAGAAGUGUGGGACUAAGAGGAAACAAAAACGAGUUAAAUCGGAAGGGGAGCCUAGCUUCGAACCGACACGCCUCGAGGACAACGCGGUUCAAGUAUUGGAGCGGUUUAAACGCGGCUGUGAGUGCCAAGAUGACCAGUGCUUCAAGGGACUGAAUCCAGAAUUUGUUUACCGUCACAGAUUGAACAUCGCGGAGCUGACUAAAGCUGAGCACGACAUGUACUUGAUGGGAGUGACGAUGGCCUGCCUGACGAACCCGUCGCUGACAGCGAGACACACGGAAAGACGAAGGCUGAGGGCGCAGUAUGUUUAUCAGGGUCGCCGAGUAUGUUUGGAUGCCUUUUUGUACCUGGAAAACUGCACCCACUACCAGAUAAAGAGGAUCAGAAAGCACCUUGUCACCCAUGGAGUGACGCCUCGGGUUCACGGGAACCAUGGAAAAGUCCCACACAACACUUUCUCGCUUGAUAUAUACAAAAUAGCGACGGAGUUCCUGAAGAGCUUUAUAAGCAAGCAGGAGGCGAAGCAGGAGGCGAAGCAGAAAGCCAGCGCAAAGCAAGGACCGCUUCACCUCGCCUCCGACAUGACGCGGAAGACGGUCCAUGACUUGUACAGCAAGUACUGCAGAAAGUUGUCACCCAGCAUAAAAGUUAUGGGAUAUUCAACGUUCAGGAGAUUCAUGAAGGUUCAGUUUCCACAAGUGAAAUUUGCCAAGGUUGAAUUUGUAGUCAAGGGACAAGUCAGUCACAAUCAAAAUUCCGCCAAAGGCGGCGCAGAGGAAAGAGACAAUAAGGAUAAGUCUGUGGGGAAAAACGACCUACUUCCGCUGGUCAUUGCUGAUGCUACAGUUGAGCAAAAUGGCGCAUAUCUUUUAACUCCUGUCAAUAAACUGCAAGAAGGAGUCAGCUAUCAGCUCACUUCAGAUGGAUUUUUGGUCAAGAGUUCUGCCGCGCAAUUUACUGUAGCCAAUAAUCGUUGUCCUGAGUGAUAGUCUUCGAAGAUUUAUUCAACAGCUUAUUAAAUUCAGAGUAUUCACAUUCUGGAAAAUCAUGGAAAACAUGGAGCUCUCAAUAAAUUAUUGAAAUAAUCAGGAAACUUUUUUUUAUGCAACUCUUGAAAUAACGAAUUUAAGACAGCAAAAAAUUUUUUUUUCCACUUAAUUUUUUUUUUCGUCCCCAACACGAACGCCGCGUAUCCGACAUUUACAUUAGUUUCGAUAAUUCUAAAAAAAAUACAAAAUCUUCAGAACACUGUUUUUAACUGUUUUGAAAAUUCACAUUUUAAGGUGAUGUCUGCGAUGCACUUGCAAAACUUCUAAAAACAUGGAAUUCUCAGAAAGGAAUUAUGAUUUCACAUUUUAGUAGACACUCAGACAGUUUGUUCCCAGCCUUUGAUAACACUUAGGUAUGUAUUAUAAAAUUGCAAGGGUGUUCAACUUUCACGCCUGGUCUUCACGCUACGAUUAUGUUGGUAUGAUUAUGUCAAUCAAUGAUAAUACGCACGUGUAGCUGAAACAAUAUGGAAGUAUACGUAAACAUAAUCAUACCAUAAUCAUAGCACGUAGAUUGGGCAUAACCGAUUAAUUAAAACAUAGAUAAAUUGAGGGCUGGUUAACCAAUUAAUCGAAAUAACGAUAAAUCGAAAGGGUCGAUUGAUCGAUUAAUUGGAAAACUGAUAAUUUGGAAGAGCCGAUUUAAUUGAUUAAUCCAAGCCGAUUUAUUGGAAAACUGAUCAUUUGGAAGAGCCGAUUUAAUUGAUUAAUUAAAGCCGAUUUAUUGGAAAACUGAUAAUUUGGAAGAGCCGAUUUAAUUGGUUAAUUAAAGCCGAUUUAUUGGUUAAUCGUGCAGUUCUACUAUUUGUACAAAAUAGUUAUUGAUGAUAAGAGAUAUAAGACGUACCAAACUAACUUGUGUAAUGUUAAGAUUGCAAAUUAUGAACCAUAUAUUUCAUUUGUUUGCCUGUAUUAAAAAUUCAUUAUUGGAAUAUGUGGAAAAAUGUCAACUAAAAGUGCUCUGUAAUUGUUCAUAUUUGUCUGUUUCGCUCAAUCUUCAUCAUGCUAAUGCAUGAAAUCCAAAAUCCCCUGCAUUCAAGGCAAAACUGUGUGUGAACUUUUUUCGGGAAAGGGGAAUUCGGUGUCAGAUUUUCAGAAUUGUGAGUAGUAAAUCCCAUAUGGUGGAUCAAAAUUCAAAAGCAUCUUGAUUUGAUUGAAACUCGAGCUAACUAAAGAUACUCUAGUUUCAUCAAUUUUAUGAAUGUGACAAUAUGAACUCUACGAACAUAUCCUUCAAGUCGUAUGCUGUUUAUUUGUGUCCAGGAAAUUGUGUUUUCUUUUCGUAAAUCAAAGGUUCCUCCAACUAACUAAAAUUCACCUAUUUCCUACAUCUUGUUGCGAGUAUUAUUUUCAUUUUUUGAAAUAUGCAGAUACAAAUAUGGAGAAAUUUUUAAAGAAGCUUAAUUCUCAAGUCAAUUUUAACACCCAAACAAUCUAGCACAUAAUUCCAGUUAUUCUAUUUUUUAACUGUGAUCAAAUUUUAAGCGCUAUUAUAAAUAUAUAUAAUAUAUAAAUGAAUAAUAAACAUGAAUUAUCAGUUCGAAUCUAAAUAUAUAAUUCAUUAUAAGUUAUUUAAAUUAAAAGUAAACUCUUAUUGGUCAAUGAGUGACUGAUCUGUAUAUUUGUAUUCUAGUCUAAUCCUUUGACAUUUGGAGCUGUCGGAUUUAGAGAAUCGGGAGUCGAACUUUAAAAAGAUAUGUUAAUCAUCCGAAUAUUAUAUACAUAAUGUAUAAUAUUAUUUAAUAAUCGUUCAAACGAAAAUUUAACCAUAAUACAAAGUUCUGAACUUGUCUCUUAGAAUGGUUUCAUUACUUUCGUAUUUUUACAUUGGAUCUGAAUCUAUUGGAAAUUUGUUUGAAUCAAUAUCUGUACGUUAUUACGGAUCGGUCAUCUUUGAGCAUUGUUUCAUUGUUGUGAAAAAUUCAAACAGCAUAGAUUCAUAUUUUAGAAAUAUUACAAAAAUGUUUUCUAGAAUUAUUUAUACCGAAUUAUCAGAAAAUAUUCACGAGUAUUAUUUUUUUCUGAAAUAUUACAAUUAAAAUGGUUAUUAAUUGAUAUGUUCCGUGCUGUAUGGAAUAUUACUAUAUAUACUAUAAUAUUACUACCAUUUAAGCACAUCAGCUGAAUUUAAACAUUACCGUGUAGCGGUUGCGAGGCGUUUAAUAACUUGUAACUGUAACUGUGAAAUAUAUUAAAGAAUAAAACAAAAUCUUGAAAUUUUGUACUUACGAAGUUGGUACAAAUUAAUAAUAAGACACUGUUUAUCUAAACACAGAGAAAGAAUUUUUUCAAUUUACCAAACAUUGAAGCUCGAAAAUACAUGUUUAUCGGAUUCAAAAGAAAUGUAAUUUAAUUGAAGAAAAAAUUGAUCAGUACAAUAAUUUUUUGCUAUCGAAUGAAACCACAUUUAUAUCUAUGUAUAACUUGAAUCACCAAAACAUUUCUUUCGUCGUAUUUGAUCGCCACGUUUGGUAAGUUCAACGACUUUUUUUCUCUUACGUCAACACCAUUCGAAGCCGUUCGAAACUAUAAUAUAUUAUAUUUGCACAGAGAAAGGAUUUGUUGAAUUUACCAAAUACGGUGAUCAAACAUUGCGAAAGAAGUGUUACUUGAUUCACCAAAAAAGUGGUUAAAAGGAACGAAUUGUAUCAAGUGAAACCACAUUUCUUCGAUCACAUUUUUGUAAAAUCAACAAAUUUUAUUUUCUGUGCACACAAUACAUGCAAAAACGUCGGAUUAAUGUAAUACGAUAUUAAUUUAUGAUAUUUCAAGAAUACUGUUUAGUUUCAAAAGCAAGAUGAGCACAAAAGCGUUCAAAUCGGACCAAAUACAGCAGAUCCAGUCAUUUUGACCGUUCCAGUUACAAAACCUUUUUCUAAAAUUGUUGACGUCAUAGCUUAGUGCUAGUCGAAUUUGCUCGCAUUCAUUUACAUCUCAUACUGGAAAUGUGUUUUUACCUGUGAGUAUCAUUGGCCCAAAUAACGUUAGUGGAGACAUUCUUAAACGGUUUUUUCUCCUACCCCAACUUUUGACUCAGACGGUCCGGCCGAUUCAUCUUUAAAUAUGGAUGACCAUAAAUUGCUUCAGGCGUUAACCACUUUGAAAUUUAUUAGAAAUAAUCCGCGUGUAUUCCGGAUUAAUUAAAUACGAAAUGUGUCGUCGAACACAUAAUAAUUAUGAAGUGAUUACGCAUACAAGAUUUCUCACAUCGAGUCCUACCUUUGUAAUGCAUGGACACGUUGAUUCGUAAUUAACAAUUCAAACAAAUUUCAUUAUGUACUCAGUCAACACCUGGAGCAGGUCAUUCUGUUUGUUUUACAUUCAAGGGUAUCUUGAAGGAAUUCUUGUGUGGUAAAUUUGUUGUAUUUACACGGUCGUUUCCUUUUUCAUUGAAAAAUAAUGUAUACAUUCAAGUAUGCAGGAUAAUUUUUCCGUUCUAAAAUAAUAAAAAUGGCGGACAUAAGAGCCGGUUUAAAAAAUGGCCUCUUUUCACGUUGCGUAACUUUAGCCCGAAAUGGCUGGUCCGAAAAAGAAAAAUAAAAGUAGAUUUCAAGAUAAGAUACGAAACUAGAUCUUGGAUCGAGUACAUAUUCGAAUUUUUAAUCAGAAGUGAAAAAACAGUUAUCGUUGAAUCAUAAAAAACUGAAGAUUAUCACUUUUUAGCACUUUUGUUCAAGUUUCUACUUCUAGAAAUGUAUUAAAAAUGUGUCUUAUCGUUAGUCAAGUUCUCGUUUUAUGAUGCAUCUAUUGGCUUUAAAAUCACAAUUAAUGUUUUUGUUCGGUUUUUUCUGAUCACACAUUUCGCCAGAAAGCCGUCCGAUGCCAAAAGAAAACUACUUUUUAUUUAACCACCCGCCAUUGUCGCCAUUUUGAAUAUUUUCAAACGUAAAAAUUAUUCCGUGUAGUUGAAGGCAUGUAUGUAUGUAAGUCCGUCUAAGUAAAAAAUGUCCCUAUAAAUGGGAGCUGUGCGAUUAAUCGAUUAUUUUUAAAAACGAUUAACUGCAGAAAACAGUUGUUCGACUAAACGAUUAACUCUAACGGCUGAUUUAUUUUAUCGACCAACCGAUUAAUCGAAAGAUCCAAUUUUUUAAGCAGAAUUAAUUGAUUACGAUAUAUAAAUUCUACCGAUUUGCCAGGCAAAAAAACACUAUCGAUGAUUUUUGCUCUCUCGAAGUGACAAAGAUCAAUUCGUAAAACACAGAGUCACCUCAGGCAUUACUCGAGUGGUUCGGAACACCUGCUUCCAGAGAUCCUUACGGUAUAUUAAUUGAGUCGUUUUUCUUUACCACGCAAGAAUAUUUUGUAAUAUUUCAAGAAUCACGUUCGAGUAUAGAGAUGUAUGAAAUAUAUACUUGUAUUUGAGGGAUUCUCCGUCGACUCGGCCACUUUUCUUUCGACCAUCUCAGAUCUGCCCCAUAAUUGGUUAAAUCAAAGUACUACUAAAAGGUACUCUAUGUGAAUUUUUUCAGAUUUUUUAAUUCAUUAUUUGAGAAA